AUGCAGGGAACCGCGGUGGACAUCUCUACGGACUGGUUGUACCGGGGGAAGAGGAAGAGCGGCGGUGGCAGCGGUAGUGGCGGCGGCAAUGGCGGCAGCAGCAGCGGCGGACGCAGAGCCAGGUCUCGGUCUAUCUCGAACGCAGCGCUGUCGCAGGGCGGCGUGGAGUCGCCGCCUGAGGUGGCGGCGCAGGAGCAGUCGGGGCCGGGGCCGCGGCCCCGGCAGGGCAAGAGCCGGUCGCUGUCGGUGACGACGUCCGAGCUGAAGCGGAGCAACUCGUUGGGUGAGCGGUCGAAGAAGUCGCUGUUUGGGUCGCUGUUUGGGAAGCGGGGCGGGAGCCCGACGUUGAAGGAACCGAGUUCUCCCGAGGUGAGACCUCAGGCGCCCCCUCCGGAGGCGCCGUCGCCCGAGCGCAUAGUGCUCAAUAGGAAGCCGGCUCGGGCUGCCGAGCUGCCGAUCCAGGAGCUGUCGCGGUUGCAGCUGAAGCGGGUCACUUUUGCCGUCGACGAGUUCCGGUCGGAUCCCGCGCAGCAGCUGCCCUCGCGGAAACCGCGCAUCGGUAAUGUGGCGGUUCCGCACGAUAUGAUCAGCGAAGUGCCGUCGAUCUCGCAGGGAAUUACCACCAACGGCGGUGGGUCUGUGAGCAGCGCGGUACCUCCCAUAACGAAGGACUCCAGAGAGUAUAAAGUGGCGCUCGAGGAAUUCAAGAGGGCCGCCAAGGAGUCCCUGAAGCACCAGCAGGAAGCACAUUAUGCGGCGCAAAGGAUAGCUCAGGAAGUAGCCAAUUUCAAGAAUAAUGCGGCACCAGCGGCACAUACCAAAGCCGCGCCCGUACCGCACCCCGAGAUUGAUACCAAAGUUGCCAAACUGUCGAUCGACAAACCUAUCCACAUGCAUGAAUAUCACUUUGAGCAGGAACCAAACUCGCAGUCGAAGGAGGCAGAGAUCACUCUCGAUGUCGUCUACACAAGAUGCUGUCACUUGCGAGAAAUCUUGCCUAUCCCUUCUACCCUGCGACAGGUGAAAGGGAAGACUGCACCAUUGCAUACUUUGAAAUUUCUGAAUCCCAAGCCUACCCUAAUUGAUAUCCUAUCGUUCUGCGAUUUCAUCUCAGUGGUUCCGAUAAAUACCGUUAUCUUUGAUAAAGUGGCACUGACGGCAGAAAUGUUCAGAAUCGUUAUGAUCUCCCUCGUGAAUUCAACGUCACUCGAAAAACUGGGCCUGAGGAAUGUCAGCAUUGAUCAAAAUGGCUGGAAAGUGCUUUGUAAGUUUCUGCUGGUUAACAAAUCAAUCACUAAAUUGGAUAUCUCGCAGACAAAACUGAGGCCUGACUCUUCUGAGGACUGUCAUCGUGAAAACAUGGAUUGGUCGUUAUUUUCCGAAGUGCUCAGGAAAAGAACCGGUCGGCACUUGGACGAACUGUUGCUCAACGGUAUCAAAUUUAGUAGGUUGCCGGUUGAAGUUUUCCAAAACCUCCUGGAUGCAUUCGGUCACCGAGAAAACCUCGUCGUGCCAUUGAAGCUGGGUCUCGCUACCUCAGAGAUAAGCGACGAACUUUUAAAAUUCUUAUUCAUUUGGGUCUCAGAGACUUUAGUUCAAGGGGUUGAUCUUUCCUUUAACGAUUUAUCUAACUCUGUGAAGACAAUUGUGGGUAAACUUUCUGCUUUGCAGCUGGAGAAUCUGGAGUACUUCACGCUGAACAGUACAAACAUUUCUACUUCCUAUGACAUGGCUCUGAUUCUUAAAUACUUGUCGACAUUGCCAAAUUUGAAGUUUUUGGAUUUAAGCAAUUCGCCGCAAGUGUUUCCUGAUGUACUGCCAUAUAUGCUCAAAUAUAUCCCGAGGUUUGCCAGACUGAAUCGUAUCCAUCUCGAUUGUAAUGGACUCAGCUUCAAAGACAUUUCACUAGUUUGCAGUAUUCUUGGCAAAUGCAAAUCUUUGACUCACGUAUCUAUGAUUUCUCAAAACAAUACGACAGAAGCAGCUGAUGAUGGAGAUGCGGAAGGUCAAAAACUGAGAACCUUUUUAAGGAACGCGCUUUCCGUGACACUUUAUGCUUUCGUUAGGGACUCACCCAAUUUGGUUGCUUUGGAUUUCGACUAUGAGAAUGUCUCUGAUGAGAUCAAAUCGAGAAUAGCCCUGAUGUUGGUGCGUAACAUGAACAGGAUCAUGGAUUCCAACUUUCACCUGGAUGACGCUUCGUCACAAGAUGAAUUGCUCUUCGAUGGCAGCCUCAUGACUGAAACUGCUGAAGAUAUGCUGGAAAGAUUGGAGAACAAGGAACUGAUGAAGGGCGAUGCAACAAAAAGAUAUUUGACUAAGAAAUACUUAGAAAAAUUAACGAAACUACACCAUAAAGUCCAUUCAACUAUUGAUGAAAUGUUCGAAAAGAGGAGUUCAGGCGGGCUGCUCUUACAGGAGAAGGAAAAUCUUGUGCGGCUGCUUUUACUGGAAAAGAAUUUGGCGAACAUUCUGGAGAUUUUUUCCAACAUACCUCAUCUCUCACAACUUUUGGGCUCAAGCUGUAUUACUUUACCAUCCUUGAAGCACGUCGGCCCAGAAAAUGCAGUUUCGAAUCCGAGCUCAGCGGAUCAUGAGUUCAGUCAGAGGCCUCACAUCAUGGCAACAGACUCUGGCAGGAUCAUCGAUGUUACCACUGGAAAACCCCUGGUGCGUGAAGAUGCAUCCGCUACGUUUACUUUGAGCAAGAGGCAGGAAGAAGAAGAAGGUGAGCUGCAUAAGUGGGGAUUCUUCGUUCAACAGCAAAGAUCAAUUUAUCCAGAGAGUGAAACCAGAACUUUAGUCGGAAGUCAAACGUCGACUGAUUCGGCACAGGCAACUUCCCCGCCAUCCUUAGCAUCCUCGUCAUCCAGCUCUACGGAACUCAGGACCUCAGGGCAGCCCAAGCUGCUGGCCAAGAUACCGUCAGGGGCUGAGCUGCGAGACGCCAUUAUCAAGGCAAAAGGGAUUGAAUCCAUUGACGACCUCAUUAAGAGCGUUAACAGCGAUCAAGUUGAAUUGGAGAGCAUCUACGGCGGUCCACUAAAACCUAGCCAUUUCCCAAAAUCCGCGGCUACGAUUGCCACUACCGACGUUGGUGCAGCCGACCAAAAUUAUGACGCGAAUACGGAUGACACCGUGAAGCAAAGCUAUGAUAAACUACUGAACGAUCUCAAGAUGGAGCGCCCGCCGAAGAAGCCCAACGCUUCUUUCACAAACGACUAA